AUGUCUCGUUUACAUAAAAUGUCCGUUCAAGGCAUUCGUAGCUUUGGAAAUCGAGAUCAAGAUACACAAGUUAUAACAUUUUUUUCACCAUUAACUGUUAUUGUUGGUCCAAAUGGAUCGGGUAAAACAACAAUCAUUGAAUGUUUAAAAUAUAUGGCAACAGGUAUUAUGCCACCAGGUGCUAAGACAGGUGGAGCAUUUGUACAUGAUCCAAAAGUAGCACAUGAUACUGAAGUACGUGGACAAAUUCGACUUUUAUUCCAAGAUGUUACAGGACAUAAUGUUCAAGUUCAACGUACACUUGUUGCUACACAAAAAAAAACAAGUAUAAGUCUGAGAACACUUGAAGGUGUUAUUAUUCGUGAAGGUAUCAAUGGUGAACCUAUACAAAUAACAUCAAAAUGUAUUGAACUUGAUAAAGAAAUGGUAACAGCAUUUGGUGUUUCAACAGCUAUUCUUGAAAAUGUUAUUUUUUGUCAUCAAGAAGAAUCAAAUUGGCCAUUGAGUGAAGGAAAACAAUUAAAAAAUAAAUUUGAUGAUAUAUUUGCUGCAACAAAAUAUAUGAAAGCACUUGAAUUAAUUCGAAAAAUUCGAACAGAAAAAUUACAAACUGUUAAAAUUAGUCGAGCAGAAAUUGGACAUUUAAAAACAUAUCGUGAUAUGUUAAAUCAAAAAAGAAGACAACAUGCAGAAAUCGAUGAACGUCGACAAACAUCAAAAGCUAAUGUAGAUAGUAUUAAACUUAAACUUGAACCCAUUGAUUCUCGUUUGGAAUUUAUUGUUAAAGAAAAUUCGAAAAUGAUUGAUUUUCAACGACGUGUAGAUCGUCUAACAAAUGAAUGUGAAGCAUUAAAAAAACAAAUUCGUGAAUUAAAUGCAGUUAUUGAUGAACCAUUUCAAGGAUCAGAAGAUGAACUUAAAUUAUUAAUUUCAAAUUUUCAACGUGAUCAAGAUAAAAAGAAACGUGAACUUCAAGAUUUGGAAGCUAAAAAGCUAGCCACUGAACGUCAAAUGAAAAAACUUACUGAUAAACGAACAUCCGAUACAACUCGUUUAGGAGCAUAUGAAUUCGAAGAAAAACAAUAUAAAUCAAAUCUAAUACGUCGUCUACAAUUUCUUAAUGAAUAUAAUCAACAAUCAUCACAAAUAAUUGAUAAAAAUGAUUUAAUAAAUUAUUUAGAUAAACAGAUAAAAACUGAACAAAAACAAUUAAUGGAAAAACGUUUAUUUUAUCAACAACAAGAAACAAAUAUUCAAAAAGAUUUCGAUAAAUUUCGAGAACAACGUAUUAAAACUGAAUCGACAAUAAAAUUAAAAAGUUCACAAGUUGAAAAAACUUUAAAAGAAAUUCAAGAUAUAAAACAACAACAAAAACAAAUUGAACAAUAUUUAAAACAAUUAAAUGAUCUUAAUAAACGUAUUGAACGUAAAGAAGAUGAAUAUCAACAAAAAUUAACUAAUGGUAUUAAUCUUGAACAAUUAAAACUUGAUAUUAGUACAGAUGAACAAAAACGUGUACAAUUACAAUUUGAACUUAAAGAUUUAAAUGAUGAAAUUGAUAAUUUACUUGUUAAUGCAAAAAUUAAUACAGAAUAUGAAAUGUUUAAGAAAGAGAAAUCGGAACGUGAUGAACAAAUUAGAAAAAUUAAACUUCGUCAUCAUGAAAUUCUUACGACGAUUUUUCAUGGUUCUAUACCUGAACAAGAUUCAAAUAUUUACACUCAAUUUGAAAUAGAACAUCGUAAAUUACAACAAACUCGUAUGAGUUUAGAAAAACAAGUUCAAGAUAUUCGUCAAGAAUUAUCUGGUAAAGAAGAAAAACGACGUUUAUUAUCGGAUGAAUUAAAACGUAAAGAUUCAUUACGAAAUGAAUAUAGUGAUCGUUUACAGGAACAACUUAAUGGACAGGUCUAUGAAGAAUAUUUAGAAAAAUUAUCUAGUGAUGUUAAACAAAAACAAGAUGAAAAAGGAAAUAUUGUUGGAAUGGAAAAAACUUAUCAAAAAUUUGUUAAUCAAGUUCGAUCAACAUUAAAAAAUGAUCCAUGUUGUCCAUUAUGUUAUCGAAAAUUUGAAAAACAAACCGAAGGUGAACAAUUAAUUCGUGAUAUAGAAUUACAAAUUAAAGGUCCAGAAUAUCGACGUAAAAUUGAUCGAGAUUUAGCAUUAUUACAAGAAAGAUUUGAAAAAUGUCUUAAUCUGAAACCAAUUCAUAGUCAAUUACAAGAUCUUGAAGAAAAAGAUAUACCAGCAUCAAAAACUCAAAUGAAACAACUUGAUAAAGAAAUAAAUCAAUUAAAAAAUAAACAAACAAGUAUUGAACAAGAAUUAAAUGAUGAAAUAUGCGUACCAUUAGAACAAUGUGAACAAAUUAAAACGGAUAUAAUUAUGCUUAAUAAAUAUAUUAAUGAAAGAAAAGAAUUUGAAACAAAAAUUAAUGUUUGUCAACAAAAACUUGGUAAAGGUCAAAAAUCGGCUUCACGUUCACUUGAUCAAGUCAAACAAAUUAAAGAUGAAGUACAAAGUCAAUUUGAUUUACUCGAUAAAGAACUACAACGUAAACAUAAAGAACUUCGUUCUCAACAAGACCUCGUCCAAGAAUUACGUGAAUCAUUAACUGAACUUAAAAAUGAAAAAUUAAAAUUAAGUUCUGAUAUACAAAAAAAAGAGAGACUUGAUGAACAAUUACAAAAAUUAACAAAUUCUAUUCAAACACUUAAAGAUGAAAUUGAAAAUGAUAAACAAUCAUUAGAACCAAUUAUUAACGAUAUUGAAAUGAAAACCAAAGAAAAAACUCGAUUAUCUUCAGAAAAAGAAAAGACAUUGACUUCACUUAAUGAAUCUGUCAAUAUUUUAGAACAAAAACUAAAUGAUUUGAAAACAUUAUCAACAGCAAUUAAUAACUAUGAAGAUCGUACAUCGAAAUUAUUGGAAGAACUUCGUUCAUCUUUCGAACAAAUAAAUAUCAAAGAAAAACAAUUACAAUCAGAUUUAUCAUCAUGUAUAACAACAAUAGCAAAUCAUAAAGAUGAUUUAGCACGAACUGAUAUUCGUUAUCGACAAUUAAAUGAUAAUCGUCAAUUACUUCGAAGUCAAAUUGAACUUGUACAAAAAGAAAAAGAUCUUAUUGAACUUGAAGAACAAACUCAUGGAUUAAAAUUAGAUUCACUUACACGUGAAGAAAAACAAUUACGUUCAACACAAGAACUAUUAUUUAAAGAAAAACAUACUGCAUCAGCACGUUUAGCAACAUUAGAUCAACAAUUAAUUGAAUUAGAACAAGAACUCGAACAAGAACAUUUAAAAAAUGCACAUGAACGUUAUUUACAACAUUUUGUUCAACAAACUGUUGAAGAAAUUGCAUCACAAGAUCUUGAACGUUUCUAUAAAGUUUUAGAUCAAACAAUGAUGACAUAUCAUACACAAAAAAUGAAUCAAUUAAAUAAAAUUAUUCGUGAUCUUUGGAGAACAACAUAUCGUGGUUCAGAUAUUGAUGCAAUUGAAAUUCGUUCAGAUGCUGAUGAAGAAAAUGCAUCAAAAACUCGUCGAACAUAUAAUUAUCGUGUUGUUAUGCUUAAAUCUGGUUCAGUUAUGGAUAUGAGAAAUCGGUGUAGUGCUGGUCAAAAAGUUCUUGCUUCACUUAUUAUUCGACUUGCAUUAGCUGAAGCAUUUUGUCUUAAUUGUGGUAUUUUAGCUUUAGAUGAACCAACAACUAAUCUGGAUUUUGAAAAUAUCGAUGGGUUAGCUCAAGCAUUAAUCGAAAUUGUUAAAAAUCGAGCAAGUUUAAAAAAUUUUCAAUUAAUUAUUAUUACACAUGAUGAAGAUUUUGUUGAUUCACUUGGUAAAUCAGCAUAUGCAGAUAAAUGCUAUCGUGUUUCGAAAACAAACAAUGGUUUAUCGAAAAUUGAUGUCUGCAAUAUUGCAUCCUUUGGUGCUCAUUGA